AUGGUGACUGUUUUUAAAACAAAAUGCUGUUACGAGUUCCUUUUAUCGAAUGUUUCUAAGAUUAAUACAACGGUGUAUAGCCCUCCGUUCGGAACGUCUCACGACAUGUUUUGGCAACUCGAGUUCAUACCAUCUUCCGUUGAAGAACCUGACCAUUGUGCCGCAUUCCUUUUUGCAAUUCCCAAUCAUGAUGAAGCAAAUUGUUCUGGUGUAUGGUCAAGGAGGAGUGUACUAACCGCAAAAAUAUAUUUAAAAAAUGCCAAAAAUCAGACUUUCCUUAAAAAACAAUCCGUCAAAAUGAAUUCAUUUUCUGCAAAAUUAUCUGGUUGGGGUUGGGAGGCUUUCUAUAAUAAAUCUAGUUUACCUGAGCACGUUCUCUUUGGUGUAGAGUUUGACCGUGCUGAAAUGGCAUGGGAAGGUCAAUUAAACAAUCCCGCAACCUCUGAUUGUCAAUUUAAUGUUCAAGGUCAAAUAAUUUAUGCUAAUUCUGCAAUACUUUGCGCGAGGUCUAAAUAUUUUGAACUUGUAUUUCGAGAUUUUCAUCAUCAAACAUUUCUGGAAAUGUUACGCUUCUUAUACACCAAUAAGGUUACUUUUGUUGAGAAAAAAGAUGAACAAAAUUCACAACUCACUCCUUUGGAUCUUUUCCGGAUUGCUGACAAAUAUCUUAUCGAUGAUCUGCGUCAGCAUGCUAAGUCGGAGAUAUUUAAAGAUUUAAAUGUUAACGAUGCUGCUGAAUUCCUUUUUGGUACUGCCUGGAAGUAUCCUGAAUUGAAAGAGCAAGCAAUGAAAUAUGUAGUUCUUAAUUUCGUUACCGUUAGACAGACAAGUG